AUGGAUGAUAUCAGCCAAGUGGUGCAGAAAUACUACGAAGUUAUUGACCAAAAGGAUGAAGACAUCUUUGAACUCUACAGAGACAAUAAGCGCCUGAAGAAGCAGCUGGAUGAGGUGCUUGCGGGUGAAAAUGACCGAGAGACAGAUCGGCGCACACUGAAGCUUUUGGUCACAACACUGCAGACCGAGCUUCGGGAAAAGCAAAUGCUUAUUGAAGCCCAGCAAGAGGAAGGCAGUGCCAUUCGCCAUGCCGUCUGGCGUGCCCGAGAGGUUCUGAACAUGUCCUCGGAGUUAGAUUACCCCAUUGAGAGCGUCAUUGGUGCCUGUAUCAACCUGCACGCGGAAUGUUGCGAAUUGCAGGCGCGACAGGAAUAUUUAGUUAGCGUUAAUCUGCGUACAAGGUCACUCGCCUGUAAUAAUUUGUUUGAGGCGGAGCGAUACGCCCGUAGCGCUAUUGCAGAUGCCUGUAGCGGUGCCUACGCUACAUUGUCACUUUUCCUGCGGUGUGCAAGGCAGGCUGUGGUUGAGAAGCAACAGCUCUGCGAGGCUCACAGAGCGGCGGAGUGUGCGCAUAACCAGAGGGUGGAACUAUUGGAAAAGCGAGCGCAGUUGGAAUGCUCUCAGCAUGAGCGUAUUGUGGAGGAGUGGAAGGAACAAGUAACAUGCGUCAAUGGACGUUUGCUGCUGCUUCAGAGACAAAUGCGCUACGAAAAGGCGGAGAAGGAGUUGCUCAUGGAGGCGGUGUGUGGCCGGUUGGACUUAAUGAUGGAGCAAGGUGCAGAUUUGGAGCGCCUUUUGGCAUUGGUGUUUAGAGCCUUCAUCCGUCACGACAAGCAGCUGCAGGAGGUGAGACAAGAGUCGUUGUUGUUGCGUGGAAAGCUGCAGAAAGUGCAUGCUGAUCUUUCUCGUGCAAGAGCUCUCCUCCGGCGGAGAAAGGAGUCACAACAGCAGCAAUCGUUGACACUAGACACCAGUGGUCGUGUCUCUGUAAGGACGGAAAAUAGCGAGAAGGAGAAGAACUGCAGUGUGUAUGAUGCCCUCCGUACAGUGCAGGUGGAGCACGAGGUGCUCAAGGUUGAGUGGCGGCAGUGCGUCGAGCGUGAGCGGGCAGUUCGGCAGCAGGCGGCCACGACAAUUAGCAAACUGAAAGCCGAGCGCUCUGCCUGCGAGGCCACAGUUGAGGCAUGUCAAGAGCGUUGCGCCAGGCUUGAGAAGGCGUUGCAGCGCACAAGGCAAGAGGCAAAACGCCAUUCAAAGGAAGUGAAUCGCAUGAAGGAGCUAAAUGGCACGCUAUGUGACGAGGCGAAGGUGCAUGCGGAGCGAAUUAAGAGCCUUGAAGAAGUGAACCGAGUGCUCAGUGAAGAGAACAUGACACUGACUUCACGCAUGGAGGUUUUGCAAGAAAGGGCACAGGAAAAGGAAGAGGCGUGUAGCUCCGCAGAGCGCGCUGCGCGUGACCGCAUUGCGGUGCUUGAGGAGCGAAUGAAAAGUGAGAAGGAGGGAUUUUUGGGUGAGCUGAAGGAGUGGACUUUAGUGUUGGAGGAGGCACGCAAGAAACUUGCCGUCGCAGAGAGUGAGCGCGAUCGUGAAAGGAUGCUGCGCGGUAUUUUGGUGGAGCAACACCGGGAUGAGGAGCGGAUGCUGAAGAAAAUGAUGGCAGAGGAGCAUCAGUCGGCUGUUAUGGUGUUGCAAGGUAAAAUAGACAUCUUGGAGCGUGCAUGUGGGCGAAGCGCAACGGUGAUUGCAGAACUCCGCGAGGCAUUACACCGGGCCAAAACAGAGAACAGCACAGCCUAG